AUGGCCUGCUUGGAUCCCUCGUCGACGACAAAGCCUCGCUGCUGCUGCAGGGCGUCCUCCAGCAGGUCUGUAGAUCUGAGGGCCUGGUCAGCCCGGGCACGCAGCCCCUGGAGCAUCUCCUUCUUGCUUCGCGUCGACCAUGAAGGGCAAAAUGUGAUCUGGGCAACGGAUCUGUAUACCACGCGCGACCGGGCGCUGGGGGUGAUCCUGCGUCUGCUCGAGACCGACGACGAGGUCUUCCACCGCGAGCCGUACUACGAGGAUGCGCAGACUCGCAUCCAGAAUGCCGUCUGUGCAAAGUUGGGACAGGAAGCAGUCCCAACGCUCAAGGCAAAUGGCGAGCUGGGGUUGAAUUCAUAACUAUUCAUAUAGAGAGAGAAGUAUAGCCUUUGAUUCAUCUUGUAGCUAUUCUACUAAAAGAAAUGCACAUUCCACAUCUGGUUCCUAAUCAGAUCAG